UCAGAUUCCUUAAUUGAAGCAAACAUAAGGACUUGGUGAGCUGUGUGGGAUGGACAACAGCAGAUGAGCUGUACUCCUGCAGUGAUGACCACCAGAUCAUGAAGUGGAACCCUGUGACCAGCGAGACCAUGCGGGUGGUGAAGCUCCCAGAUGAUGUUUAUCCCCUGGAUCUGCACUGGUUUCCCAGAGGGAUUGGGGGCAAGAAGCAAUCCCAGGCUGAGAGCUUUGUUCUGACCAGUUCUGAUGGGAAAUUCCACUUGAUUUCCAAGCUAGGAAGAGUAGAGAAAAGUGUAGAAGCACAUUGUGGAGCUGUCCUUGCAGGAAGGUGGAAUUAUGAGGGAACAGCCCUGGUUACAGCUGGGGAAGAUGGCCAAGUGAAAAUCUGGUCUAAAAGUGGAAUGCUGAGAUCCACUUUGGCUCAGCAAGGAACACCAGUGUACUCAGUGUCCUGGGCCCCUGACUCUGACAAAGUUCUCUACACCUCAGGGAAGCAGCUGAUUAUUAAACCCCUCCAGCCAAAUGCCAAAGUUUUGCAGUGGAAAGCCCAUGAUGGCCUGAUUUUAAAAACUGACUGGAAUUCAGUGAAUGAUCUGAUUCUUUCUGCAGGGGAAGAUUGCAGAUAUAAGGUUUGGGACAGUUUUGGCCGUGCCCUGUACAAUUCCCAGCCCCAUGAAUAUCCCAUCACUUCCAUUGCCUGGGCUCUGGAUGGAGAAUUAUUUGCUGUGGGAUCUUUCAACACUUUAAGACUCUGUGAUAAAACUGGGUGGUCUUAUGCCCUGGAGAAGCCCAACACUGGCAGCAUUUUUGCCAUUUCCUGGUCCAUCGAUGGCACCCAGCUGGCUGGAGCCUGUGGGAAUGGCCAGGUCAUCUUUGCCCACGUGGUGGAACAGCACUGGGAGUGGAAAAACUUCCAAAUUACCUUAAUUAAGAGAAGAACCAUGAAGGUGCACAAUGUCAUCAAUGAUGCUGUGGAUUUGUUGGAAUUUCGGGACAGGGUCAUUAAAGCCUCCCUGAGCUGUGGCUAUUUGGUGGUUUCCACCUCCCUGCAGUGUUACGUCUUCUCGACAAAGAACUGGAACACUCCAUUGAUUUUUGACCUGAAGGAAGGAACUGUGAGCUUGAUUCUCCAAGCAGAAAGACAUUUUCUUCUUGUGGAUGGUGGAGGACUUUAUUUAUAUUCCUAUGAAGGCAGAUUAAUUUCUUCUCCAAAAUAUCCAGGCAUGAGAACAGACAUUUUAAAUGCCCAGACAGUGUCCCUGAGCAAUGACACCCUGGCAGUGAAGGACAAAGCUGAUGAGAAGGUUAUCUACAUAUUUGAAGCUUUAUCUGGGAAGCCACUGGGUGAUGGAAAACCUCUGACCCACAAGACAGAGAUUGUGGAGAUUGCUUUGGACCAGAAGGGGCUGACAAGUGAGAGAAAAAUAGCUUUUAUUGAUAAGAACAGAGAUCUUUUCAUCACCUCAGUGAAAAGGUUUGGGAAGGAACAGAAAAUUGUCAAAAUAGGGACAAUGGUGCAAAGUUUGGCCUGGAAUGACACCUCCAACAUCCUGUGUGGGAUUCAGGAUUCCAGGUUCACAGUCUGGUAUUAUCCCAACACAGUUUAUGUGGAUAAAGAUCUUCUCCCAAAAACCUUGUAUGAAAAAGAUGCCAGUGAGUUCAGCAAGAGCCCUCAGAUUGUGAGUUUUGUGGGGAGCCAGGUGACCAUCAGGAGGGCAGAUGGCUCCCUGGUGCACCUGCACAUCCCCCCCUACGCCGCCAUCCUGCACGAGCACGUCGGCGCCGCGCGCUGGCAGGACGGGCUCCGGCUCUGCCGCUUCGUCAAGGAUCAGACCCUGUGGGCUUGUUUGGCUGCCAUGGCAGUGGCCAACAAGGACAUGACCACAGCUGAAAUUGCCUACGCAGCAAUUGGCGAGAUUGACAAAGUGCAGUACAUCAACUCCAUCAAGGAUCUGCCAUCCAAGGAGUCCAGGCUGGCUCACAUGCUGCUGUUCAGUGGGAACACCCAGGAGGCUGAAACCCUCCUGCUGCAGUCAGGCCUGGUGUACCAGGCUAUCCAAGUCAACAUUAAUCUUUACAACUGGGAAAGAGCCCUGGAGCUGGCAGUGAAGCACAGGACUCAUGUGGACACAGUCCUGGCUUACAGACAGAAAUUCUUGGGAGAUUUUGGGAAAAAAGAAACCAACCAAAGGUUUUUGCAAUAUGCAGAAGGUCUGGAAGUGGAUUGGAAUAAAAUCAAAGCCAAAAUAGAGAUGGAAAUUGCCAAAGAAAGAGAAAGAGCAGCAGCCAGUGCUGCAGUGAGGACCAGUGUGACUGUGCAGCAAUAAUUCACAUUUUGGGCACCUCCAAAGUGCUGCUUCAAUAUUUGGUACUGGCUUGUUGUACAAAAAAAAAAACAGCAAACAUUUUGUGGGCCAAGAAGGAGAAUCUGUAGAUUUGGAUCCUUGGGUGACACACAGGAUGAAUAAUUUAUUUUCAUAUGGAUUAAUAUAUGAGAAAAAAAGGGAAUUAACUGCUCCUCUCUUGGUGAUUUUCAAUUUUCAUUUCCAUUGAUACUCUUUAACCUGGGUUGCCUCUACUGAAAUCACAAUUGAAGCCCCAAGUUAAAAUCUGUAACCUCAGGGACCUCCCCAGGUUUGCUUAAAUUGCCCUAAAAACAAAAUGAGCAAACUGGAAGUACUGAAAAUGAAAAAAAAAAAAAAAAUUUAAAAAGGAGCUUGAGCCUCUAAAGUACAAAUAUUUCCCUCACAGUUGUGGGAAUCCAUAUUUAUUAGGAUGUGCUUUAAUAGAUGAUUUCAGAUAAUUUCAGCAACUCAGGUUUGUCACUGAGCAAAACAUUCAGCACUAAAAGGAUUUUUUUUGUUGUUUAAAAUACUUUGGAAUGUGCUUUCAGGGUUGUUGGAAGUAACAAACAGCAUUUGUAGCAUCUGAUAUGUAAAAUUGACAAGAAGAUUUAAAAUAAGAAAAUAUUUUACGUAUUUUUUAUGCCCAAAGCACUUGAUUUGUAAAUAUAUUUUUUUAAUUUGUUAUUUUGAGAUACAUUUUUCAUUGUUUCACACCCAAACCUGGCUGCAUUCUCAUUUAUAAAUACAUUACCAAGGUUUAUUAUGUAUCUUUUAAAUGUUUCCAGCAAAAUGUUAAAUGUACAUCCAGCACAUUUUGUAAAUCAUUGUGUGAUUCUUCCUUGCACAGUUCAUAAAUUUCUUAAUAAAACCAAAUAAAAGUUGUGGUUUUUAAUGUA